AUGAGGCCUCCAUCAUUACCGUCGCUGAGGGCCGCGGAGGUGGCGGAGGAGGCGAUGAGGGUUGGAAAGGAGGAUGGUGUUGAUUCUAUUGGUGAUAGAGUUUCACAUUCCAAUUGGUUGGAGGAGAGUAGUAAAUUGGAUGAUGAGCACAAUCUACUUGAGGUCCCCGGCUUAGAUUUAUGGAAGAUAAUAAAUGAAGUAAAGGCGACGUUGGGCGCGAUCAACGAUGGAGAGAUAACCAUUUCGGCAUAUGACACUGCGUGGGUCGCAUUAAUAGAGAAACAAGACGGAGGCAGUGGCCCACAAUUCCCGUCUUGCGUACGAUGGAUCGUCGAUAACCAACUUCAUGACGGCUCGUGGGGCGACGCUGCCAUGUUCUCCGCCCAUGACAGGAUGAUCAACACUCUCGCUUGCAUUGUCGCAUUGAAGUUGUGGGGUGUUCACCUUGAAAAGUACGAAAGAGGAUUAUCAUUUCUCCGCGAGAACAUGUGGAGGUUGGCGGAGGAGGAGGCAGAGCUUAUGACUGUUGGCUUUGAGAUUGCUUUCCCUUCCCUAAUAGAGAUGGCCAAAAACCUGGGCCUGGAUACUCUUUAUGAUGAUCCAGCCUUGAAGGAUAUAUAUGCAAGGAGAAGUCUAAAGCUCAAGAGGAUACCGCAGGAAGUGAUGUAUAAAGUACCAACAACAAUUCUCCAUAGCCUGGAGGGAAUGCGUGGUUUGGAUUGGGUUAGUCUUCUUAAGCUCCAAUGCGUGGAUGGCUCCUUCCUAUUCUCUCCUUCCUCUACGGCUUACGCGUUCAUGCAAACGCGAGACGAGAAGUGCUUCGACUACCUUCAACGAACGGUCGAAAGAUUCAAUGGAGGGGUGCCUAAUGUUUAUCCGGUCGACCUAUUCGAGCACCUUUGGGUUGUCGACAGAUUGGCUCGUCUUGGUAUCUCUCGGUAUUUCGAGCACGAGAUUAAAAGUUGCGUAGAUUAUGCGUCCAGAUACUGGACCGAAGAAGGGAUUUGUUGGGCAAGGAAUUCUCCGGUGCACGACGUGGACGACACGGCGAUGGGAUUCCGCCUAUUACGAUUACACGGAUAUGAUGUCUCCUCGAAUGUUUUUAGGAAAUUUGAGAAGGAUGGAGAGUUUAUUUGCUUCGCGGGGCAGUCGAGCCAGGCAGUCACCGGGAUGUACAACCUGAACAGGGCAGCACAGUUAUUAUUCCUGGGAGAGAAGAUAUUGGAGCGCGCUAAGGGCUUCUCGUACGCGUUCCUUCGAGGAAAGCAAGCUUGCAACGAGCUCACUGAUAAGUGGAUCAUCGCCAAGGAUUUGUCAGGCGAGGUAGAGUAUGCGCUGGAUUUCUCGUGGUACGCCAACUUACCACGUAUAGAGACUAGACUAUACCUGGACCAAUAUGGGGGCGCCAACGACAUCUGGAUCGGAAAGACCCUUUACAGGAUGCCGGUUGUGAACAAUGACCUGUACCUUGAGCUCGCCAAAGCGGACUUCAACCAGUGCCAGGCUCUGCAUCAGCUUGAGUGGCUUGGCCUCCAAAUGUGGUACGAGGAGAAUGGUCUUGGAAAGUACGGAGUGAACAAGAAGAGCAUGUUGAGGGCCUACUUCUUAGCUGUGUCAUCUAUAUUCGAACCAGACCGGGCGGCCGAGCGACUCGGGUGGGCUCGGACGGCCGUGCUGGCCGACGCUGUCUCAGCAUACUUCUGCAGUAAGUCAUGCACGGAGGAGAUGAGGCUGCAUUUCAUCCGCGACUUCCUUAAGGGCGAUGUCGAUAAAAGCUGUGAUAACAACUGGAUCAGGUCCGGAAUGGAGAAGACAGAGGAAGGCCUGCUGGGGCUCCUCCACCAGCUGAUCGACCGCCUUGCCUUUGAGGCCGUCCCGCCGCCGCCACUCGAGCGCCGCGCCACCCGGCACGACCUGCGACAAGCGUGGCAUCAGUGGCUGGUGACGUGGAGGGAGGAAGGGACGAAUGGAUGGGCCCACGCGGGGGCGCGGCGGUCGGGGACGGAGGACACGGGGCUGCUUUUCGGCCGGACGGUGGAGAUCUGCGGGGGCCGGUUCGCUCCGACGGAUCAGGCGGUGGACCAGCCGGAGUACGUCCGCCUCACCCGCCUCACCUCCUCCCUCUCCCGCCUCCUCUCCCUUAUAAUUAGGAGGAGGAGGACCACGACGAUGCUCCUCUCCCUGCAGGGUGUGGCAGAGAAGGACACGAUCGUAAACAAAAUCGACGAGUUCGAGGAAGUUGAUUCCGAGAUGCAAGAGCUAGUUCAGUGUGUUCUCCAAAGUUCCAGUAACCUCAACAACACCACCAAGCAGACAUUCCUGAGUGUAGUGAAAAGCUUUUAUUAUCUUGCUCAUUGCCCAUACGCCACUCUCGACACCCAUAUCUCCAAAGUGAUCUUUCACAGAGUGGUUUAAACCAAAUUCGAUGCAAUACAAGCACCAUAUUUCAGUGCAUCUAUGGCAUCUAUAUAUGUAUCACCAUGAACUCAUCAUAUUUCAGUGUAUCUAUGGCAUUUAUAUAUGUAUCAUCAUCAUGAGUUCAAAAGCUACUACUUCUAGCAAAUUCUCCAACAUCAAAUAAAAGUUAAACAAAAAUUAGUGGAGGUUUAAUUCAGUCGUACUCAAGUUCGUCGGGUGUGAUGGCUCUUGUGAGUGGGAUAAUGGAUUUCUUUUCGGCAUCUCGCAAC